CGACAUUUAAACGGUAAAUUAUUUUUGUAUUUUUUUUUCUGUUUUCUGCUUCGUGCCUUUGUUGUCGGUAGUUCCGAGUACCUCUACCACCUACCUAUUAGGCAGUAGCGUAGUACGAGUUUUUAUCAAUGUAUAGUUUUCACGAUUGGACAAAACGCUACAGCUGAAAUAAUGCAGACCGUUAGUCUUUGACUCCGAACUCGUUAGAGUUAUGGGUCACCACCACCACUGUUACCAUAGUGUAAUUUCAUAUUAGCCACACAACAAUCUCCAAUCUCCCUCGUCCGUAAUAAAUUAUUAUUAUUAUUAUUAUUAUUAUUAUUAUUUUUGCGUAUUACGUAUGGACGUUCAGUAUGCAGUGAGUACCAACCACAGAAUAUACUAAUAGCUCGUUUGUGUGAAUCAUGGCUCCAGUUUUGAGCAAAUACGUGUCUCAAAAAAAUGCAAUAAUCGGAAGUGCCGUUGCCGGAGUGCCUUUGUUGAUUUUUCUGUUAAAGAAAUAUGCUCUCCAGAGCAAGAAGCCGGUUAAGAGGAGAGCUCCAGAGAAUGACAUAAAGUACCUCAUAGUUGAUAAAUCAGCAGAAACAAAGAAUGCAAAUCGAGCACACGUCAAUGGCCGCUUUCUUAAACAACUCUUUCAUAUUUUGAAAAUCAUUAUUCCUGGCUUUACAUCUCCAGAAUUUGGGUUCCUCAUACUUGUUGCUGCAUCACUAAUAGCCAGAUCUUAUAGUGAUAUAUGGAUGAUACAGACGGGAACGGUUGUUGAAACAGCAAUUAUAAGUAUGGAUACAACAUUAUUUAAAAAACAACUGUUAUACUUUUUUGCCGGAAUGCCAGUUAUUUCUUUAGUCAAUAAUGUGUUAAAGUGGAGUAUUGGCGAAUUGAAGCUUAGACUUCGAACUAGGUUGUCACUUCACCUAUAUGAUGAAUAUUUAAGAGGAUAUACUUACUACAAGAUAAAUAAUUUGGACAACCGUAUAUCAAAUCCUGAUCAGUUAUUAACAGCUGAUGUUGAUAAGUUCUGCGAUAUGUUCACUGAUUUAUAUUCCAAUGUCUGUAAACCAUUUCUAGACAUUGUAAUAUAUGUUUACAAAUUAACAUCUACAUUAGGAUUUCAAACACCUUCUGUAAUGCUGGGUUACUUGAUGGUAUCUGGUUUUAUUCUAACUUACCUCCGUAGACCUACUGGUAAAAUGACUGUAAUAGAACAAAAAUUAGAAGGUGAAUACCGAUAUAUUAACUCCAGGUUAAUCACAAAUUCUGAAGAAAUAGCCUUUUACAAUGGAAAUAACAGGGAAAAACUUACUAUGUUAGCCUCAUUUAAUAAAUUAACAAAUCACUUAAGAAAAUUCCUUGAAUUCAAAGUGUCCAUGGGUUUUCUUGAUAAUAUUAUUGGAAAAUAUAUUGCCACAGUUGUAGGAUUUUAUGCUGUUAGUAUACCUUUUAUGAAUCGUAAUUCAUCUUUAUCCAAUCUUUCACAAAAUGAACGUUUUCGAAAUUACUAUACAAUGGGUCGUAUGUUGGUAAAAUUAGCUGAAGCUAUUGGCCGCUUAGUGUUGGCUGGCCGCGAUAUGACACGUUUAGCUGGAUUCACUGCCAGAGUUACUGAAAUCAUGACUGUACUCAAUGAUCUUAAUAAAGGGCAUUAUGUACGGACUAUGUUGACUGAUAAUAAUACGCUGAAAGAAAAGAAACUUGUACCAAACUCUGGUCGUAUUAUUACUAAAGACAAUAUCAUUAAGUUUGAUAAAGUACCUCUUGUGACACCAAAUGGUGAUAUACUAGUAGAGGAAUUAUCAUUUGAAGUUACAUCAGGCAUGAAUGUGCUAGUAUGUGGGCCAAAUGGUUGUGGAAAAUCGUCAUUAUUCAGAAUACUUGGUGAAUUAUGGCCACUUUUUGGUGGAACCUUAACAAAACCUCCAAAGGGCAAACUUUUUUAUAUUCCUCAGAAACCAUAUAUGACAUUAGGUACACUAAGGGAUCAAGUUACAUAUCCACACACUAAGGAGGAAAUGCAGCGUCGUAGAAAAACUGAUGUAGACAUUGCUAAUCAUUUAGAACGUGUACAACUAUCAUAUUUAUUGCAAAGAGAUCAAGGUUGGGAUACUGUCGCGGACUGGAUGGAUGUUUUGUCUGGUGGAGAAAAACAACGUAUUGCCAUGGCUAGAUUGUUCUAUCAUCAACCACAAUUCGCAAUAUUAGAUGAAUGUACAAGUGCAGUUAGUGUUGAUGUUGAAGGUUCUAUGUAUCAAUAUUGUCGUGAUGUUGGUAUUUCACUUUUCACGGUUAGCCAUCGAAAAUCUUUAUGGAAACAUCACGAUUAUUAUUUACAAAUGGAUGGAAGAGGAUUAUUCCAAUUUAACAAAAUUGAUUCCGACACAGAGGAAUUUGGUUCAUGAGUCUCCGUAGUUUAUGUUAUAGUUUUUAAAAUAAUUAUUUACAUUUAUUCUAUUAUAUUAUGUAUAAUAUGUAAUAAUUUGGUUCAAUCUUGCCUGAUUCUUGAACUCGUGCCUAUUUGUUAUUGGUGUUAAUAGAUCAAAUUUUUAUUUAUAUUUUUAUUAUUUAUAAUAAUUUUGUAAUGUCAAGGUAUUCUAUAAAGUUUUUGUAAUGCUGAUUUGUUUUACCAGUCAAUUAGACCAACAGAUUGGUUUUAGAUUUAUUUAUUGUAUCGUACAAAAUAUAUAAUUUUUGUAAUAAAUUGUGUUAUAACUAAA